UACAGUACAGCUGCGACUCAUGUAGCUAGCUUGACCGCUGGUAUUUGGAGUCAUCAGGAAAACAAACAAGAUUGGCAAAAAGACCGGCAAAAUUUCAUUACAAAACAUCGAUAUAAUUGACAUCAUUUAUAAAUAUUACCAUCUACAUUCAUGGCACAAGAGCAAGUACGACAUGGCCGAAGGAGAGGGCAAAAAAAGAAUUCACCGAUUGGAAAUCGUUCUGGGGGAGCUCCUCCAGCUGGUCCAGGCAUGAUGCUUCCCGACGGGUCCGAUCUCCGGCAGGUGACUGUCCUGUCAAAGGCAGACUGGUCUCGUAUCAGGGCGCAGUUAGAGCGGAAGCAGCGGGAAGAAGAAGCCUUUAGAGCCAAACGAGAAGCCAAAGAAGCUCUCCACCAACAGUCUAAGGACAUGGUCAAAAACUGGAGUAAUACCAUUGCUGGUCAAAGGUUACAGAAGCUUGAGGCUCGCAAGAUCCGCGAAGAGAAGGAAGAAGCCGAGCGAGUCCAGAUCGACAUCGAGGAAGCCAAGUACCAAGCGGAGAAGAGAAAAGAAGCCAUCGACAAAGCAAAGACUCUACAGUACUACCAAACAGACAGGGUCAAAGGGUUUCAUGGAGCCCUACUGCUGACCGAGGUAUUGAAAGAACGUGAUGCUCAGCUGGAUCUGAAGAGGGCUCGAGAGGCUGCUAUGGAGGGCAAUGACAUGGAGCUCUAUCUCCGUGCACAGAGGGAGCUAGAAGAAGGGAUCCUAGCGGACCAGGAGAAAGCUCUCAAAAGGAUGCAGGAUCGCAAGGCCAACUCAGAAUUUCAAACGCAACAGAUCCAGGAGCAUUUACAGCAAGCUGAAAUUGACAAUAUCCAAGAUGUCAGAGAGGGAAGGGAACUCAAGGAGCAGGUGGACUACUACAACGCAGAGCGCGCUAAGAUUGAGCGUAUCCGGCUCGGUGAGAAGCAGGACCUCAUGCACUCCCAUCUCAAGACUGUGGCUGACCGUGACCUGAUCAGGGCCGCCCAGGAGCAGAAGGAGGAGGAGGAGGAAGAGGAGAUUCGCAUCUUUGCGGCGGCCAAGAAGAAGAUGACCAAACUGCGUCGGAAGAGGGAGAAAGAGCUCUGGCAAGAAAAGCAAGACAAUGUCACUCGAAUGGUCAACGAUCUUGAUAGCCAGAUGAAGGCCAAGGCAGAUGAUGAAGAUGACCGCAUCGCCAAGGCCGUAGCUGACCGUGAAGCUGCUCGGGAGAAAGAGAUGCAAGAAAAAGAAUCCAGGCUGGAGGAUGAUCUUAAACAAAUGGCUCUUCACAGGACUCAACAAAUGAAGCAGAAGGAGAAGGAGGAACGCCAAGAGAGGCGUCGCGAGCUGGAAGCCCUCCACCUGAAGAUUGAGGCGGACCGUCUCUUUGCCACCAAGCAGGAGGAGAAGAUGAAGCAGAUCAGGCAAGAGAACGAAAACCUCAAGGGUUUCCAUAGCAACCAGAUCCAGGAGCGCCACGAGCUGAAACUCCUGGGCCGCGCCGAGCAACUCGAGAUGGACAAAAAGAACAUUGAUCUGCUGGCGCUGGAGGAACAGCAGUUCCAGGAGUACGCGGGCAAGGUCAUCAAACAUUGCAAGGAAGGCGAGCGCAACGUCUAUCCUCUGGAGAAGGCAGCCAGGGAGGGGCACGGUGGUGGCCAUGGACCCGUCUUUGACGGCAAGGGUGGAAUCCGACCCAGCUAUCUGACCAACGACAGGGUCGGAGUCGAGCUGCCUUACUACCAGAAAGGCAGCACAGAUGAGGUUAAAUACGCACACAUCGGGAAGCCCUCCAAUACAAGGAAGCGUCUCGGUUUUGUAUGGUAGAAAGCUCAAGCUUCCAAACCACAAACUGGACUUUAUGGACAAUGCUACUAUCUUUGUGUAGAGUUGCCACUUCAUUGUUCAUUUUCUGAAGAACUUGUUAAGAAUAUUAUUAACAGGUACAAUCAAGUUGUGGUAUAUGAACUGAUCAUAUCUUUUCAAGAAGAAUGAAGAUAAUUGCUAUUGAAAUAACCUGUUGAUUACUUCAUUAGUUAUGAAUCUGCAUAGAGAAACUUGUAAAUAGCAGAAAAUCAUAUAUGAUGAUGAUAAAUAUAUAGCUCAAGUAUUGGUUUUCAAGAGGAUUCGAUAUGAUGAUAGAUCACUUUUAGUAAUGUUAAAGGCUUUCUUCCAUAUUCAGUAAGCCUUUUCUGUCAGGAACCGUCCUUUAUAUCAAAAUACUAUGCAUGCUAACAAAGAAAAGAGAUCUCAAUGUUAAAAUUACAGGUCUGUAUGAUGAUAUGUAGAAGUGUGCCUUCAAAAAAUAGAAAGAAAAAGAAAAAAGGGCAUUUCUAAUUUAUUUUUCAUUGCAAUGAAGUUCAAUUGAACCCUGUAUCUUGAUCACGCUGUUACUUCAAUCGUUUCAAUUGCCUUCUGAACCUUCGUAUUCCGUCCACUUUGUAUUUCAUAUAAUCAUUUAUCAAAUCCAACAUGGUUGUUUUGUCGGCAUGGCUAGCCAUUCAUAUUGGAAGGAAACAUUUGAAAAAGAUUUGUCAGGCAAUACAAAAACUACUUCCUUCAAUGAUUUAUUAUCUUUGUGUGAUUUUGUUCUCAUUCCUUUUGGCCUCAUUAAAAAAACUGCCUCAAAAAUGCUGCAGCAAAAUGGCAUAAUGCUGUUCACAUAUUUCCAUAUAGUAACAUGAAGAUAAGUCAGGGGAUUUUUGUUGUGCAGAGUAACUUUUUAUUCGUUUUAAUAACGUAAGAUUUUUCUUAUUUUGCUGUAGCAGAUUUUAAAAUGGAUAUAUUAAUUGUAAUUCUUUGUUCUUUUUUUUUUCAUCUUCAGUUCUUAGUUCACAAAAUUUACAAGAAAACUUGUGUAGUGACACUAUUUGGUUAACCGUAAACAAUUACAUGUACCUGCGGAUAAAUUACUUAGUGAAAUUGAUGACAAAUGACAAUAUUUUUUCUUCAGUAUGGACAAUUUUAUUAUUUCCCUGGAUAUUUAUUACAGGGAAGCACAUAGGUAUAUGUAUAUAAAUACAUGUACCAUACUAGAACCAAUCAAAAAUUGCAUAUACAUUACAUGUUCUAUAAAUUAACAUACACAAUUAACACAUUAUGUACAAUUAUUACAUAUGUUAUGAAUUAAUUAUCAUAAUACAUUUUUAAAAAAGCCUUCAUCCAUUAUGUACAAAUUUGUUCAGUUUUAAAUUUGUAAAUAUUUAUAUUGAAUUCAUGUUGAAUGUCACAAAUAAAUGUCUUGUGAAGGACAAUAUUGCAAAACAAAA